CACAAAUGGCCUGUCGCAAAGGCCAAAUGAAAGUAUUUUUGUUCAUCCUUCAUUUUCUUUUUUUGCAAGAAGUUACUGGCUGCAGUGUGAUUCGCAAAAAUCCCGACCUAGGAAACUGUAAUUGCAAUUCAAACAUCAAACUAUUCACCCAAGAAGACAUCCGUAACAAUGCUGGAGGAAAGUAUUUGGGUGAUCAUCGAGCCUGGAGCCCGAUAGUUGAAGCUCAGGAUGAUUGCUCAGUGACGGUUACGUGCAAGCCAGUACCUGGAGUCAGCUCAUUCUUUACUGUGCUCUUCAGAGGUUAUGGACCUCCGAUUUACAUUAAUCGAGUCGUGGCUAACGAAACCACGUUUGUCGAGCGACCUCAACCCAGAUCGAUAAAUACGUUUGAGUGCAAAUGGUACAGUGGAGCAUAUGAAUGGUUCUAUUUUGACGAGCAUGUUCGACAUGCUGCAUUUGCCUGUGUCGCUGAUUCGAACAGCUGUGCUUGCCCGCAAAUCGCAUACAAAGCAUUAGAUGUGCUCAUCGAGAACCUAAUACCAUCGGCCAGUGACCAGUGUGGUUUUCUGAGAGCAUCAUGCCCGAACAAAGAUGAAGUUCCAUAUUUGCGCAGUCCUCACACACUUCCAAUACAAAGUGGAAACGGCAGACAUGUGUGGGUAUCAGAUUGGCGUCGUUUCGAAGAUCUACUAUGCGUGAAGAAUGGCACAACUUUUGACUGGUAUUUCGGGAAUUUGAAGCUGGAAGGGCAGAUAACGGUGGAGUGUGAUUCUAAUAGAGCAAUUUUCCAAGCUGAUGCAGCCGCGCCAUGUGGAGUCUUCAAAGAUAUUGAACACAUAGACGACUUGUACCAAAAUAAAAUAGGAUAUUUUGCCGACGCGGAAUUCGGUAUAAAUUAUUGGAUACCGAGCGAUGAAUUUGAAAUGAAAUGUGACGAUGGGUAUCGCCCAGUUGUGUUCAGUCCGAACAAUGAUCCUAUUGAGUCUCCAUCGCUUAUUAGGUGUGCUUAAAACCAUCUGAAUUACUACUCAUCAAGCUGGAUAGUGAACGGAAUCAGAAUUAUUAAUCCAUCAGGAGCAUGCAUGAAACAUCCUAUGUGGGGAUAAUAACCAAUUUUCAUAAUAAAGUUGUUAGUUUUGUGUAAA